ACUCUGCCUAUCUGUUUGAUGUGAUCGCGGAUCGACGCGUGCCCCUGGCAAUUCGAAAUCCCGCGCCAAACUGUGUUAUUGCGUGCGCGCGGGUGUAGUCUGACUGCUGCUACCUGUUUGUUUGUUUGUUUUUUGUUUGGUCUGGCUUCUUUUUGUUUGUAUUUAUCUCACUGUCGCUAAUGGAUACACAGUCCUACAUGCCUGUUCCUCCAGGGGUUGGGAUGGAGGAGAACUUCUUAUCGCUGGACGACAUUUUGCUGUCACAUGAGCGGCUUCCCUGCAAAACAGACACAUCCUUCCCUAAACUCGGAUUUCUGGAGAAAACCAGCGAAUCACACGAUAUACCCGAGAAUACUAAGAUGGAGAUGCCUCUGUGGAUGGCGAAGGGUCUGUAUGAGAGGAAGAGGCAUGUGAUCUCAGUGGAUCUGCCCAAAGUGUACCGCGAGGGGUGGAGGACGGUUUUCGGUGCUGAUGCCAACAUGGUGGAUCUUCACAAGAUGGGUCCUUAUUACUACGGCCUGGGAUCUCAGAUCCUGCACUUUGAGAAUGCAGAAAACCCAGAGAUCGCCCAGUCUAUUCUACAGACAUUUAUCGGCCGUUUCCGCCGCACCAUGGACUCGUCCCAGAACGCAUAUAACGAGGACAUGUCUGCGCUUCUGGAGCGGCUGGACUGCCUGGAGAGGGCGCUGUUCCGCUCGGGCCAGAACGGCCUUAACGCCUUCCAGCUAUGGGAGAGAGGCAGAGCAUCCCAGCUCACUGCCUCCAGCCUGGUCACUAACUACCGCAAGAGGAAGAUCACAGAGCUGCAUUCCUGAGCAGCCGAGCAACACGAACAGAGACACUGCUCAGAGAGAGCAAGACGUGUGCAUGUGUGAGAGAAUGAGUGUGAGAUGGAAUUUAGUUUGUCAUGUAUCUGUGAAGUUUAAAUUACUUUUAAUAAAGCUAAGCCUUUACUGCUGCUUUGUAAGAAUA